CAAAAUUUAAGUUCCUAUAAUAUAAACAAUCGAUAGGCAAAGUUUCACAAAAAUCUCAGUGCAGGUUCUAUUUCAGCGUAAUGACCUUAAGUGCCUCAAAAUUCAUUUUUAUUGUAUUGCAUAAUAUUGAACAUGGACAGCACGACAUAAGGUGUUGUUUCAAUUAGGGGAGAAUUCCCAGAGAGAAAAAAAUCCAACAAAAUCACUGAAUCUGAGCAGAACUUUUCACUUAUAGCAGCUUUGUGAUAUUCAUUUGUCAAUCUAGAACUGCAUUAUAUUCCUGUCCAAAAAAAAGUUCUCAGUGUAUUGUCAACACUGUGUUUUAACGGGCAGUUCAUAAAGGGUGAGAAAAACCUGUAAGACAGCUGAAGAUCAGUUUCUAAAAACAGAAAGAUGCAAGCUGCAUAUGGAUUCAGCAAGUGAUCUUAUCUAAGGGUUCAUAAUCAACACCAUAUUCUAUUUAGGCUCAGCUAAUGAAAAGUUAAAGACUAUAAGAGACACUUUUGCAAGCCAUAUUGGUAGAUGUAGGGGUAGUAUUUUGUUAGGAAGUUGUUGCAAAUUCUCAAACUUCACAAUACGGUAAUUAGUCAAGUUACAAAGGAAAACAUUAACCAAAAUUGUAAUUUGGAUGUAAAUGACAUUAAUGUUUACAACAGAAUUUAUUUUUUUGUUCCCUAGUUUUCCUUAGGAAUAUAUCAAACAUUCGAUUUUUCAUGAUGUUAUAUCAAACAUUCGAUUUUCCUGAUAUUUUCAAAGUGAACACAAAAAUUGUUUUCCACUGUCAUCUCAUUGUUUGGAAAUGUAGUGAAAUAUUGUCAGUUAUGCUUGAUAUACCCGGUUAUAUUAUUCCUCUAUUGUUUACUGCCCCUUUAAAUAACAUGUAAACUCUGAAGUUCAAAACCUAACUAACAAUUUCUAUUUUGGCUGCCGUCAAUCGUGAUCUGACAGGACAACGAUCAACUGGUCUUGAAAAAAAGAAACAAACAACAUAGAUCAAAAUCUGCUAAUCGCAACCCACAGACGAUAUGUUUUAGCUGAAGUAAACUUCUGUUUCCUAAAAGUUCCACUAAGAUCUCUGACGGACGCAAAACACAAAACCGUUGAUUUCAAGAGUUGAUGUGUUAUUGAAUAGAGCAGUGAUAAUCUGUUGAACAACGAUCUGACCAUACAGUGUAUAUUUAAAAAUUUUUACAUCUGUGUGUGUUUGGCAUAAAGAUAUGACAUAACCUUUUUGGACAGAGUAGGAAAUAUAAUGCAAUCAUAAUUCGAUCUCUUCAUGACCAGAGUUUUAUACCAUUGUGACGUCUUUUGUAGGAGAAAGAGCCUGAUACAUGAGUGAAUUUUCUAUAAACUGGAAAUAGCAAAAUUCAUUAACAUGCUAGCUUUAAAAUUUAUUUAAAGGGAGAAUUUGGGGACUAGCAAAUUUAAUAAAACAAUUGUGAACAGGCAUUUCUUUUUUCAUUCCUUCGUUACCCAGGGAAUGGGUCACUUUAACGAUGCCACUCAAUUUAUCAUGCCAGAUUUUGAAAAUAUGCAAAUGUUCAUUACAAUCCAAUGCAAACUCAUGAAAACAUGGGACCCCGAACUUGCCAAAUUUUGCAAACAAAUGUAAGUCAGGAGACAAGGGGUUUGCCCUGUAGCAAACAUUUUCAAAAAAUUGUCAAGUUUGAUAAAUCCCAUAUUUCUAUGAUUUUGCAACAGAUUCUUACAAAACUUCACUUUUUACCAAAUUCAACAGGGUAAAUUGAUCUACAAAGGAGAGUUUUGGUUUUUGUGUUUAUAUGAAAAAAAUGGGAAACAUUGUUGAUAUUGUGUGACCCGUUGAAGCCUCAUCUCAAACGUAAAUUGUUGGAGUUUGUACAAGUAAGUCACAUUUUUCUAACUAACAAACUAGUUCUAACCAAGUUUUCCUUUGUCACAAUUAUUUUGGUAUUAACUAAGAGCUGUUCAUUUGCCCCUCUGCAUUUCAUCCAACAUUUACAUUUUUAUCUCUUGGUAAGCGAUACAACACCAACAGGCGCUGAUCAUUCUAACUGUGUGGUCUGAAAGGUCACGCGCAGUCUAAGUCACGCAACAGUCGCAUCCAGGGCCUUCUUUUUCCGUUGGGCGCGACAUUUGCAAUUCAAAACAUCCAGUUCGUUCACUUCCGUUUCAUCUGCUUGUAGUACAUUAUGUAAAACGGAAGUUAGGGAAAUGCUAACCUCUGAACUCAUUUCCUUUCACAACUCUAAAACUCAAGAAUGGACUCUCAAGCGGACAAGUUUUUUUACAGAAGCUAGAGCGAAAACAGAAAAUGAGUAUCAGAAGGCGUUACUGGGUGUGCUUUGUACUUGAUCUCAAAGCUAUUAAGUACCCCAGUACUUCACACAACGCCGACUGUUCUAUUUUGUCGCGAAAUGUUCCAACUUAGCGAAACGUUUGAGAUUUAGGUAACUCUUGCAAGGCAAGAAAAUUCCAAUCCGAUUAACACUUAGGGCAAAGGAAAUUGAGAGAACCGCAAAAACAGAACAGAGGUUCUCUAGUAUUGAGGUGAGUUACGUUACCAACUUUACCCCAACAGUACGGGUCAAUGAUUGCUACACUUAUUAAAUCGUAAGUGCAGUUUCAUCAGCCGUCAACUUUGCUGCACAGUUUUGAAAAGGGCGCUUUAUAAGGCACAGGACUUUAAUUCAGCCAGAGGCACUUGAAAAGACAGGUCUCCGGCUGUAACUAAUGAUUUUAUUACUCCAGAACUUGACGAACCAGCUCACAUCAUCAUUUGAUAAUCAUAACAAAAACAUUGAACAGAAGAUCAGAGCUUUUGUUUUCCAUUAUGACCUCGUGGUAGCAUCUGCUCUAUUGUUGUUACAGCUCGUCAAAGGCUCCUUGAAUCUGCAAACUAAAGCUUCGACCACUUCGCUUCUCUUUGAAAUAUUUAAGCUGGAAGGGCGAUGGGGGAAUCUGAUAGCGUUGUCAAGCUGGAAUGGAAAAUGGAAGGUUGGAAGGACAAAACAAAGGCCUUAAAAGAGGAGAUGAAGAGACAAAGCGAGGCGAAUGAGCUGUUCUUUGUCAAAAAUGCCAAAGAAAUCAACAUGGCCGAGUUUCAAGAAAGCCAAAGUAAUAAAUAUACUUUUGGUAUCAUGGGGAUGACAGGAGCCGCUGUAGUCAAUCUUCUGCGCCGCAUUAUCAUGGAAUACCGCGAGACGGACAGCGGUCCUUAUUUUCUGAAGUUCGCCGCUGACAAAAAAUUUAAGGUUGAGCUCAUGCCCACCGCGCUGUAUCCGGGACAUGGGCUGAUUAAAGUUGUCGGAAGACUGAAGUACUAUUCAUAUCCAGAAAUGUGCUCUUUGCUGACUAAAAGUGGUGUUACGAGUAAAGGCCUGGGUGACAUGACUUACAAGCUGAAUACGAAAGGCAUGAAGUCUGCAUUGUUCAAUGCGGUGAGUCCCAUGAACGAACUUCACUUCAUGUUACUGUUUGAGAUCGCGCGGAGACUGGUGCGGGAUUCUGAAGGGAAGCCCGUGUCGACCGAUCCCGCGCUUGAUCUACUUCCGGUUGGUGUCGUCAUCGGUCGUGUCAUUGAGCUUCUCCGCGUUGAAAAAGACGCCGUGCUGAGUUAUGAGAAAGUCUUCGGCGAUCAGCAGCCGCUAAACUGGUUCACAGAGAAUAACACUAUCCUGAAGCGACAGAAAAUGGCAGCUAUUAAUAAAAUGUACUUCGAAAAGUUUGUCAAGGGGCAGGAAGACGAGAUCCCCUUCAUUCGCAGAUUUCUGGAGGAAAACAAGAAUGGUUAUAUUAUAAAAACAUUACAAGGUUACCUUGACGACCUGAAAGAAGUAUUCGGUGAAAUGUGACGUAUUAUGAACAAAGUAACUCAAGUUGUUCCUCAGUAAUAAAUAAAAACAAGCAAAGGUUUUCUCCGGACCAGCAUGCACUGCGGUCGCGCAAGUGUGUAACGCCCGCAGUGCUUAUCAUAUAUCGAAAAAAAGAAGAGAAUUAAAAGAUAGACAAAAUGAGGUGAUCUGUGCUGUCCAUCUUUCACAAGAUCUGAAUUGUUGUGACAAUGAAAGAAUUUGAGCAAUCUAUAGCUACGGUUGUACGGUUGUACAUUAAACGUACUGGUUUUAGUAUUCGAUUCCGGGAGGGGGAAGAUAUGAAAAGGUCAGGGGGUACUAGUGAGAAAAUUUGACUUAGACAAUAUGGGCGUGGCUCGAGCUUUAUUUGACACCUAGAAGACGCCAUUUCAAACGGAAAUGACAGCGUAUUUUUAUUAUUUCUUUGAGUGCGCGGUAAAAGAUACUUUGACGGUUAAAAUCGUGGCGUUUUACCGUGAAAAUGUCACCCUAAGUGAGGAUGUAACCCCAACCUCGUUCCCAGGGUCUCUCCUCGCUCGUCGCAGGGGGCAGUGAGAUGAGAGACCCUGGGAACGAGGUUGUCAUAAUCUUUGAUUUACACCCCAAAGUGAGAUGAUGAGUAUCCCCGACCUUUUCAUACGAGGGUCCCCCGGGAGGGUUCGAUUACAGGUCCUACGGACCGUCAGGAGGUUUCCGCGAGGAAUUUUCAUCGAAGUCUACCUUAACGAAACAUAUGAAUGUCACUUUUCCAGCCAGUGUUGUACUUCUGUUGUUAAUUUCGUUUAUUUAUUAUUUUAUUUCAUUUCUGUUGAGUUGUAGAUGCUCUAAUAAAACAUUUUUAGAAAUUAACGAGUGGAUACUAACGGGAAUCAAACUGACGUUGAAUAUGUGAAAAUGUUAGUUCAAGAAUCUAGCCGAUCAAAACAAGUGUCUAGAGAGCGGCCAUAUUUUCUUUGUGCCAAGGCCCCGCCGGAUAAGAAGGAAAAGGAGGCCCUGGGAACUAGAACGGCAAGGACUACCUGUGAUGUAGAUUUUGCUUAAAUCGACAGCCCAUCCUAGUAUAUAACAUUUUCAUCCUCCAGCAAGACAUCCACGCAACGCGUUGGCGGCGGAAAAUCGUACCUCGCAGCUUUAAUUCUGCGCAUCCCUAACUCUACUUGCGGGCUGCAGUGGCGGAAAGAGCGGCGGACCGUAAUACAGUACGCGAGGAUGUCGCUCGGUUGAUGUACUUUUACUUGGGCAAGCAUGAAUUUUUUUGGCAUUUCAUUGUUAACUGAAGAAAACAAGGCUCCCCCUGCUUGCUGUGAGGUUCUCUAGCUUAUAUGGUUAGUGCUGGUGUGCUUGUAUGGAUGCAAUAUGUAAAGAGGGAUGGUGGAAAUAUCGCGGGGAAAUAAAGUAUUCGGAAGCCUUCUUGGGUUAAAUUGAUUCCCCAAGAAAACAACACAUCAGCUUCCCACUGGUGACGUGAAAAUGCUGCUGGUUCUCGGGAAAAUUGGGAAAGCAUGUAAAGUUGGUAACUUUUUUUUGUUUAGAAGAUAGACGAAAUUCUCGCCAUUUUUUUCAAACUUGGAGCCUGGCGUGCGGCCAAAACUCCCGAAUGCUUAUUACGCUUUUCCGCUCUGAACGCAAUGCGCAAGGUAAAUUAUGCGCGGAAGAACUGGGUUCUACGUCUAAAAAUAUCUUGAGAAGAACAACUUU